GCUACGCGGGGGGAAAGCCCCCGGCGUGAGCAGCCUGGCAUCUGCGCUCGGACAAACUGGAAGCUGCAGUCUCAGGGUCAGCGCGGAGGAGGAGCCUGUUCCAGGACGCUUAUAAGCCGCGCUUUCGGUCCCGCGCUCGCGCUCCUCCUCCUCGCGGGCAGUGCCGGUAGGGCGUGACCGUUUCUGACCGCCGCAACCGCCUCGGCCCCGCCGGAACCCCGCAGCAGCCGCCCGGGCCUUGUCAGUGUCUGUCAGUAUCAGUGUCUGUGUCAGUAUCACCGUCAGUGUCAGUGUGAGCGAUGGUGCUGUACCCGGUGAUCAAGAAGCUCGUCAGCAAGCGCGUGGUGCUGGCCAGUGCCUCCCCCCGGAGACAGGAGAUCCUGAACUGCGCCGGCCUGAGGUUCGAGGUGGUGCCAUCCAGAUUUAAAGAGACUCUAGACAAGUCUUCAUUUGCACUGCCUUACGAGUAUGCCGUGGAAACAGCAAAACAAAAGGCCCUCGAAGUGGCGAACAGGAUGAAUGUGAAAGACUUUAGACCUCCAGACGUUGUCAUAGGAGCAGACACUAUUGUGACGGUGGACGGACUGAUCCUGGAGAAGCCAGCUGAUAAGCAAGAUGCCUAUAACAUGCUUUCAAGGUUAAAUGGAAAAAUACACAGUGUGUUUACUGGAGUAGCAAUCGUUCAUUGCAGCAGUAAAGAUAAGCAGCUAGAAACAGAAGUCUUUGAAUUCUAUGAGGAAACCAAAGUUAAAUUUUCUGACCUGUCAGAGGAACUUUUAUGGGAAUACAUUCAUAGUGGAGAACCAAUGGACAAAGCUGGUGGCUAUGGCAUACAGGCCCUUGGGGGCAUGUUAGUUGAGUAUGUCCAUGGAGACUUUUUGAAUGUGGUAGGGUUCCCACUGAACCACUUUUGCAAAAAGUUGAUGGAAUUGUAUUAUCCACCCCCUAAAGAUGCGAUACAUCAUGAAAAGCAUGACUCAAUCCCUUCAGUAGAAACCUUUGAAGUUCUAAGCGAUGAAGAAUACGGCAAUUCAAAUUCUACUCAACGAAAUGUGACCAACAAGCUAGAAGGUGACGAUGCAUUCUCUUCUGGAGCUACCGGCAGCCUGGGAAAGAAAGAAGUAGGCCAACACGUGAUGGGAGAGUCUGUGGUGAAAUGCAGAGGGGACGCGGAAAACCUGACUAAAUUUCCAUCUGCUCUUAUAGAGCUGUUGGAUGGCUUUAAAGCUUCAAAGGCAAUGUUUGUGGCCUGUAAGCUAAAGGUAUUUGAUCUGCUUAAAGGCAAAGUCCUUCUGAAGGCCAAAGAUGUUGCUGACCACAUAAAUGCAUCUGUAUGUGGGACCGAGAGAUUACUUGAUUCCUGCACAGCACUUCAAUUAUUAAAGAAAACCAACCAAGGUUACAGUAAUACAGAAUUGGCUGAUAAGUACUUGGUGUCUGAUAGUGAAUAUUCUCUGCAUGGUUAUGUCAUGCAUGCUAAUGAUCAUGUUUGGCCACUGUUCACACAUCUGGAAUCUGCUGUCAAAGAGGGAACAAAUCAGAACCAUCGAGCUUUUGGGAAGAAAGCUCAGGACUUAUUUCAGGACUCCUAUUAUCACAGCAUGGAGACAAAACUACGUUUUAUGAAUGCCAUGCAUAGCAUAAUCAAGCUGACUGCAAGGGAUGUGGCCACAGCUUUUGACCUGUCAAGAUUUCGCUCUGCCUGUGAUUUGGGAGGCUGUACGGGAGCUUUGGCCCAAGUGCUAAUACAAGAAUACCCAAAUCUAAAAGUGACUGUAUUUGACCUUCCUAAUGUCAUUGAAAAUGUUUCUUGUUUUCAACCUACUGGACAAGACACCAGUCGAAUAACUUUCACAUCAGGGGACUUUUUCGAAGAUAACAUCCCUGAAGCUGAUCUUUACAUCCUUUCAAGAGUCCUCCAUGACUGGCCAGAGGACAAGAUUGAUGCAUUAUUAAGUAAAAUUUCAGAUCUUUGCAAACCAGCCUGUGCCUUGCUAGUAGCUGAAAUUGUACUUGGCGAAGAGAAGAUAGACCCUCCAAGAGCUGUGCUGCAGUCUCUUAGUAUGACGGAAGGCAAGCAGAGGAGUAGCUCAGAAUACAAACAGUUGUUGGAAAAAUAUGGAUUUACCCAAGUGCAAACCAAGAUAACAGGAAACUUUUUGGAUGCUAUUUUGGGAUUUAAAAAAACCACACAUACAGUGAAUUAAGCAGUUUAGGAUUUUUUAGUUCAACUAUUUUCAUAAUACUGCCACCAUAAAUAAAGCUUAGUCAUCUAGGGAAAAGUCUCGAUGCCAUCACCUCGACCUUUUUAUAGCCGUUUUCAGACUCUUCCUGGGCCUAAACCUUUCGAACGCUGUGGUCCUACUUGUGGAUGGCCACAGUGAUUGAUCUGUGGGUGUGCAAGCAAAUGUUCUCACACAUACCAGCUGAAUCCAUGGAAUAGAUGCAAAAAGAUUAGACUCCUUAACCCCAGUCGCCUUAUCAUCUCUUGGUAUUUAAAACAGGCACUGAACUCAUCUCUGAGGCUGCAGGACUGCACCCCAAUCAGAUUAUAAAUAAAGAAGUGUUCUGUUCUGUGGGUAUGUUUAUGACAAGUUUUGUGGAAGGUCUGGAUUCUUUUUCUUGUAUUUCUGUAUGUUCAGUGUUUUGUGUGUAUUCAUGAAGCUUUAGCCAAGUUUUUUUUUAGCUGGCCAAGUAAUUCUGUUACCUCUAUACAGUUUAUGGGAUAUGAAAUUAUAGGCAAGUUUUGCCUGAUUUUUCAGAAGUUGUCUUGAAUAUCACUGCAAAUUUCCGUUUUUCCUUUUGACUGUGAAAUGCCAUUUUGGAACUUAAAAAAACAUGCACUCAGUUUCAAGCAUUUUUGGUUAUUGAAGUCAAACCAUUUUCAUAACACUAAUGCAUUAUAGCUCUGGCUUCAUCUCACCUACUUCUGUUCUGAUAAAUAAAGUGAACUAAGGAGGUUAACAUAGUUAGACUUUGAAUGAGUGCAUCAGUGACUAUUAAUCCUGAAUUCUAGCCAAAGGCUAAUAAGUGGAAGAAAGUAGAAAGAAAGUAAAAUGGCCUUUGUUUCAAUAAAAGUUUUUGUAGCCAUUAA